ACUCCAAUUUAAUUCUGCAGGUAGUGUGAAGACGCAUUCAUGGACACCCCCUCACAGUGCACAGUCGAUGGGGGGCGGCGAAAUAACCCACGGGCCAGCCAGUAUAGCAAGAACACUCAGGACCUGCUGAGAUCGAUGAUGCAAGAGACGACUCUCACACACUCCCAGAGGAAACACAUCAAUGAGUGCCUGAAGAAUGGAUCAGCCUUGCCACUGAGCACUCAGCCGUCACCAUCAAGAUCCACCUCUCAACCCAAAGGCAGUAGAUGUGUCCACAAACUCCUGCCAGGUCGCCCUCAGAGACGCAGCGCCGCUUCUUGCCGCUCUGGGAACAACUACGUCAGAGAAAAGUUCUCCUCAGCUCCAACAAUGUCCUCCUUCUCCUGCGGUUUCAUGCAGGAGACUUGGAAAAGGAGAAGAGGAGGCUACAAAACAUCCUGGCAACAGGACGGGAAGAAACAGCCGAUGAUACAAAUGUUGCUGCGUGUGAGGAACCUGAAGCCACAGAGGAACUGGACCGUUACCAGGAAGUUUUGGAUGAGAUUGAGGAAAGAAGACAAUUCCUGGCUGACAUGGCCUCUCUGGGACAGGAGAAGAAGUACAUCCACAUAAUCAACACCGAAAUAUCCCAGAAAAUCCGUGAACUGGAGAUGCUAGAAGAAGCCCGACAACCUAACAAGGAAGUGAACCGCAUGGAUGCAAGAUAGUGACAUGUGCACAAAGGUUAAAUAAACAAUAAACAUCUGCAGUACUUGUA